GUCUGGUCUGGACGUCUGCUCGUCACGGACGAGCCAUGUUCACCGGCUCAUCAUUUACCCUGGACCUGCUGAGAAAGACUCAGAGCCGGCGCAGGUUCACCAGGAGGAGGAGGCUCGUGGCAGCCAGGUCCAGCAAGAAGCUCAAGCAGCGUCUCAGAGGCGCAAUGAGGACGGCGCGGAGAGCCAGCAAUGUGGAGGUGCCCUCCUUCCUCCGACAGCUAGUCAAAGAAACCGAGAAGAUGGUGACCUUCUUUUUCAAGGGCGGCUCAAGAGAAAAGGGGCCCGAGGAGCAAGACAACUGCGACGAAGAUGACGACAUGCCCAGCCCGUACCUGGAGAGACCCAUCCUGGAGAAGCACGUGUCCGAGGGGUGGUCUCAGUCAGGGGUGAACUAUGCGGUGGCGAGCAUGCAGGGCUGGAGAGCUCAGAUGGAGGACGCCCACACGUGCAUGCCUCAAAUGAGAGGCGAGCUGAACCAGUGGGCCUACUUCGCAGUGUUUGACGGCCAUGCGGGGAGCACCGUGGCCCAGUACUGCUCCAGGAACCUGCUGGACCACAUCCUCGCCACAGGUGGUGUAAAAGCAAGCGAAAACCCGGAGCAAGUGAAGGAGGGCAUCCGUGAGGGAUUCCUCGAAAUUGACCGGCACAUGCACAAACUGGCCCGAGAGGACAACUGGGACCGAAGCGGCACCACAGCGGCGGCCGUCAUGAUCUCCCCGCAGUACGUGUACUUCAUCAACUGCGGGGACUCGCGCACGCUCCUCUGCCACGACGGCCAGCUGGUCUUCUACACGGAAGACCACAAGCCUUUCAACCCCAGGGAGAAGGAGCGCAUACAGAACGCCGGCGGCUCAGUCACGCUGCAGCGCGUCAAUGGCUCCCUGGCCGUCUCCAGAGCACUAGGCGAUUUCGACUUUAAGGAGGUGGAAUGGAGGCCGCAGACCGAGCAGCUGGUUUCCCCCGAGCCCGAAGUGUACGAGGUGGAACGGGCCAGCCGGGACGAGUUCAUUGUGCUGGCUUGUGACGGCGUUUGGGACGCCAUCAGUAACGAGGAACUCUGCGCCUUCGUGCGCAGCCGCCUGCAGGUGUGCGACGACCUGCGAGAGAUUUGCACUCAAGUCAUCAACCUCUGUCUCUACAAGGGCAGUUUGGACAACAUCAGCAUCAUCAUAGUGUGCCUCCCUGGCGCCCCUAAGGUGUCACAAGAGGCCCUGCAGCAUGAGGAAGAGCUGGAACGACACAUUGACAUGAAAGUAGAAGAAAUCAUAAAUAUGAUGCGCUCCAAAGAAGAGGACCCUGACCUUGUGUAUGUGAUCAAGAUCCUGGCAGAGGAGGAGAUACCAGGACUACCUCCAGGGGGCGGCAUCACCAGCAAGCGCGACUGUAUCAUCGCUUCAUAUCAGAAACACAUCGCAGCUCUCAGGACUCUUGAGCCGAUGGAUAUCGGGGGGUCAGAAGAGGACUCGAACUAAAAGGAUCACCACAGAAAUCCAUUCAUCAAACCCCCGCACACACUGUACUCAUUUAUUCAAGUCAGUUUGUGUCCAUUUUUGGAAAUAUGAUAUCAAUUAAUGUGAUCAUUAUGUAACUUAUGUUAGAAAGCUUCUGUAUAAGGCAGCUAAUUAUAUCAUUCCACCAUUAAAAGGAUUAUAUUUUAUAUUCA